AGUGGGGUAACCAUUUGGGGUCAGUUAGCAUCAGGUUUGUUAUGUGUUUCUCUUGUCAAAAAACACAUACAAAAGCACACAUAAACACAAACACAAAACACAAUAACAAUAACAAAAUCCCUCAAAAGAGUCAGAGAAGAAGCAAAGGGGAAAAAGGGGUUGUGAAAAAAAUAGAGUUUUUUGAGGUUUUCUGUAGGAGGAGAAAAAAAAACACUUUUUUUUAUCUGUUUCUUGAUAUAAGAAAGUAGUAAAGGUUGUUCCUUUAUCUCAUUUUCUUGAUUUAUUCUUCAAGAAUGUUGUAAAGAUCAAAUAUUUAAGACCCCCAAAUCACAUGUCAUCAUCUUCUUGUUCUUGUUAGUUGUUCUUCUUCUAUGGGGGCUUAGCUACUUCAAAUGGGGUUGGUUUUUUUAUAUAUAAAAAGUAGUAAAGGUUGUUUCUUUAUCUCAUUUUUUUGAUUUGUUCUUCUAGAAUGUUGUUAAGAUCAAAUCUUUAAGCCCCAAAAAUCACAUGUCAUCAUCAACAUCAUCUUCUUGUUCUUGUUAUUGUUAAGUGUUCUCCUAUGGGUGCUAGCUACUUCAAUGAAGAUGUUUUCUUGAUAUACAAAAAGAAGUAAAGGUUGUUCCUUUAUCUUAUUUUCUUCAUCUGUUCUUCAAGAAUGUUGUAAAGAUCAAACCUUUAUGCACAAAAAUUCUCAUGUCAUCAACAUCAUCUUCUUGUUCUCCUAUGGGUUCUGCAGCUACUUCAAUGGGGAUGUUUUUUGCUGAUAUGAAUUCACUCUCCAUAAAUACUCCCAAAAGUUUUGAUGAGGGUAAAGGGAGGAGGGGUUCUUGGGACUCUCAAUUCUUGAAUAAAGGGGGGUCUUUUUUUUCUUCUCAGAGUCUUGAUGAAGCCCAAAAUAGUGAAGAAAACAGUGAAACCAUUGACCUUAAUGCUUCCUGUUUCAAUGAAGAGAAACCAAUUACAAUGCAUAGUACUUUUAACAGUAACAAUAAUAAUAGUAGUAGUGGUGGUGGUUAUAAUGGCAAGGAAACAGAGAAUGGACAAUCAAAGCUUUGUGCUAGAGGUCAUUGGAGACCAGCUGAAGAUGCAAAGCUUAAAGAACUUGUUGCUAUUUAUGGCCCUCAGAAUUGGAACCUUAUUGCAGAAAAGUUAGAAGGAAGGUCAGGAAAAAGUUGUAGACUGAGAUGGUUUAACCAGUUGGAUCCAAGAAUCAACAGAAGGGCAUUUAGUGAAGAGGAAGAGGAAAGAUUAAUGGCUGCUCAUAGAUUGUAUGGUAACAAAUGGGCAAUGAUUGCAAGACUAUUUCCAGGGAGAACAGAUAAUGCAGUGAAGAACCAUUGGCAUGUAAUAAUGGCUAGGAAAUAUAGAGAACAAUCAAGUGCUUAUAGGAGGAGAAAAAUGGGGCAAUUUGUUUACAGAAGAUCAACAACAGUAGUUGAAGAAGCAGAAAAUUCAAGUGGCCAAAAUUCUGCUAACCACUUUUCUGCUGCCACUACUAGUAUGAAAAUUAAUAAUGAUGGUCCAAAUGGUUGGGUUGUUUAUGGACCAAAUGGCUCACCCCACAUGGCUUCUUCUGCUGGAGAAGCAGCAGCAGCAAUUCCUAGCAGCACCAAUAAUGUCCCCUUACUUUCUCCUUACUCACCAUUUUGUGCUGCUCCCCCUUUUGACUCAUUACCUGCAGGUCAUUGUGGAAAUGAGAUGAUGAAUAUUCUAAACCAACAAGGCAGAACUUGGGAUAGGCAAAGAGAAAUUACUCAUCAACACCAACAUCUUACUACAUCUAAUUCAUUAAUGAUGAUGAAUAGUAUGCAACAAGAGUCACAAUAUGUCUUGCAGUUUCCUUAUGUUACAACAACAGCAACACCACAAAUUUCAUCAUCAUCAUCACCCUCAGCAGCAGCAUCAGAACAAGGACUACUAAAAGAGGACAGAAGAAGCAACAACAGUGAUAAUAGCACACUUGUACCACAAACACCACCAUUUAUAGACUUUCUUGGAGUAGGAGCCACUUGAAUAAUUGAAAAAAAAAU